CUAGCCACCCGGUCCGCCCCCACUGCCCUUUAUUAUACACCUCUCGCCUGUCUUUUAUUUAUUUAUUUCUUUUUGGUAAGCGGCUCCCUGGGGUGAAUGAUUCCGUUAAAACACAUCGUUUUGUAACAUUAGCUGGUGAAUUAAUAGUUUUAGUAAUGGAGACGCGGGUAUCGGAGCUGGUUGGGGCAGGUUCCUCUUAUAGAGGCAGCUCAGCUCAUGGAUCCGGGCUAAAUAACUCCGCUGCUUUAACUGCCAAGAAAAUACUGUCCAAAAAUGGCAAGAAAGCAAAAUUUCGCUCAGCCCGGUUUUCCAAACCAAGCAACAAUCCGCCAUAUCUACCCCCAGAGGUUGAAGAGGGAAACAUAGAAUACAAGCUGAAGCUGGUAAACCCCACGCAGUAUCGCUUUGAGCACCUUGCAACACAGAUGAAAUGGAGGCUGCAGGAGGGCAGAGGAGAGGCUGUUUACCAAAUCGGGGUGGAAGACAAUGGGCUGCUGGUCGGCUUAUCCGAGGCAGAUCUGAGAGCCUCGCUCAGAACUCUUCACAGGAUGGCUGAGAAGGUGGGUGCUGACAUCACAGUUCUCAGAGAGCGGGAGGUGGAUUAUGAUUCAGAGGAACCACUAAAAAUAGCAGAAGUCCUUGUCAGGAAAGUCCCUGAUGACCAGCAGUUUCUGGACCUGCGGGUAGCUGUACUAGGGAAUGUGGACUCAGGGAAGUCAACUCUUCUUGGUGUGCUCACUCAAGGGGAGCUGGACAAUGGCAGGGGCAGAGCAAGACUUAACCUCUUUAGGCAUCUCCAUGAAAUUCAGACAGGACGAACCUCCAGUAUCAGCUUUGAGAUCCUGGGCUUUAACAGCAAAGGAGAGGUCGUAAAUUAUAGUGAGUCAAGGACAGCAGAGGAAAUUUGCGAAAGUGCCUCAAAAAUGAUCACCUUUAUUGAUCUGGCUGGCCAUCAUAAAUAUCUGAAGACUACCAUCUUUGGCCUUACCAGCUACUGUCCAGACUUUGCCAUGCUGGUAGUCAGUGCAAACACGGGUAUAGUGGGCACCACAAGGGAGCACCUUGGUUUAGCCAUGGCUUUGAAGGUGCCAAUCUUCAUCGUUGUUAGUAAGGUGGAUCUAUGCACAAAGGCCACAGUGGAGAGAACCGUACGACAGCUGGAGCGCAUUCUCAAGCAGCCUGGGUGCAAUAAAAUUCCACUAGUGGUGAACAGCGAGGAUGAUGCUGUAACCGCUGCCCAGCAGUUUGCCCAGUCCCCCAGCAUCACACCAAUCUUUACACUGUCCAGUGUAUCAGGAGACAAUCUAGAACUGCUCAAGGUCUUUUUUAACAUCCUGCCUCCCCUUAGCAACAGCAAAGAGCAGGAGGAACUUAUGCAGCAGCUUACAGAGUUUCAGGUUGAUGAGAUUUACACCGUUCCUGAUGUUGGUACAGUAGUGGGUGGAACUCUUUAUAGUGGUAUCUGUCAAGAGGGGGAGCAGUUAAUAGUAGGGCCAAUGGACAAUGGGCAGUUCCGUGAGCUUACUGUGUGCAGCAUUCAGAGGAACCGAUCUGCAUGCAGAGUGCUGCGAGCAGGACAGGCUGCUACACUGGCCCUGGGCGAGUUUGACCGCUCGCUUCUACGAAAGGGCAUGGUUAUGGUGAGUCCAGAGAUGGAGCCCACAAUCUGCUGGAUGUUUGAGGCAGAGAUUGUACUUCUUUUUCAUGCCAAAACUUUCCACAAGGGUUUCCAGGUGACUGUGCAUGUGGGCAAUGUAAGACAGACAGCAACAGUGGAGGCUCUGCAGGGGAAGGAGGAGCUGCGUACAGGUGAGAAAGCAGUGGUUAUAUUUAAGUUCAUUAAGCAUCCAGAGUACCUCAAAGUAGGCGCCAAGCUGCUCUUUCGACAUGGCGUUACCAAAGGCAUCGGACAAGUUACCAAGCUUCAGCCUCUAUCCCAGUAUAAACACAAAGCCUAGAGUCAGAUUCUUUCUUUCUCGCUUUCCCUUUUCCUCUUCUGCCUCUGAGCCUACCAUAUUACAUAAACACUCUAGACUUAUCCUCAA